AUGGAAACUUUCAGUGUUAAAGCAUCAAAACCUAACAAAUGUGACAGUGACAAUGAAAACAACAUUCAUUUUUUAAUAUUACCAGCGAUUGAUGUUUAUGGAAAAAGAAAAUGCAAAAUUACAUUUUUAGAUCCUCUAAAUCAUCGAGAAACAAACACCAUUUAG